AUAUGGUUUAUCAAGUUUAUAUUGCAUGUGACUGCUGAUCGUCCACAGUAAAAAUAAAAUCAAAAUUUUUGCCUUGGAAAAGUUGAUGAACGGACGAAGAUUUACAUAUGAUAUAAUAUAAUACGAGUGAAUAUAUUUUCCCACCAGGAUGAUUUCAGAAACAAUGGCUAGUCAAGCAGUUAGGGAGAGAAACCCCCAUCAGGAGAAUUUAAACAUUGCAGCAGCAGUGAAUGGAUCAGGGAAAUGCGAGAUCCCACCAUCUUUAGCUGCAUUAACGUCUGUCAUCUGUACUCACCAAAACAAGUUGAAGCCAAUUGAAGCCAAGUUAAAGGAGCUUUUACAACAUCAGCAGGUAUUAGCAGAGGGUCUGCAUGGUGAGAAUGACCGGUUUAAGGAAGUUGAAGCUACCUUCAAUUUGCCGGCAUUGUUUGCCGAAGUAUCAAUUUAUUCCCAAAAGCUGACAAGACUUAAAGCAGAGAUGAAUAGCAUAUCUGAAAGAACAACAAGAAUUAAGAGGAGAGCUAUUCGCCUGCAACAGCAGCAGCAGCAGAAAGCCUUGAACCAAGAGCAAGCCCGGGCUGAGCAAGCCGAGCGUGAAAAGCACCUCAUUGCAAAACCAGCCUGGGCCUCACAUCGGACGGACAGUGAAGUUCUCGAUCUUUAG